AUGCACAGUGGUAUUGAGCAGGCAGUCAGCAGGUUUGUGAAUGUCACCAAGCUCUGUGGGGUGGCCAGCACCUUAGGGGAAAGGGAUGCCAUCUGGAAGGACCUUGACAGGCUUGACAGGUGGGCCCAAGCAAACCUCAAGGAGUUCAACAAGGCCGAAUGCAAAGUCCUGCAUUUGGGUCGAGACAAUCCCCAACAUGAAUACAGCCUGAGGAACAAGUGGAUUGAGAGCAGCCCCGCAGAGAAUGACUUGGGGGUAUUGGUGGAGAAACAUCUCAAUGUGAGCCAGCGAUGUACACUCGCGGCCCAGAAAGCCAGCCGUCUCCUGGGCUGCAUCAUAAGAAUUGCACCUAGCAAAUGGAGGGAGGCUAUUCUCCCCCUGCACUCAUGGACCAGCAUAAAAGCCAGCCCUGCACCUCGCACCCUCAAAAACUCCUCCCGACACCUUCUCCCUCCAGGGACCCUCCACACCACAGACAUGUCCUGCUACGACAUCUGCCGCCCCUGCGGACCCACCCCGCUGGCUAACAGCUGCAACGAGCCCUGUGUCAGGCAGUGCGAGGACUCCCGCGUUGUCAUCCAGCCUCCUGCCGUGCUGGUCACCCUGCCAGGACCCAUCCUCAGCUCCUUCCCCCAGAACACCGCCGUUGGAUCCUCCGCAUCAGCUGCCGUGGGCAGCAACCUCAGCGCCCAGGGAGUGCCCAUCUCCUCCGGGGGAUUCGGAGGCUUUGGCCUUGGAGGCUUUGGCUUCGGAGGUCUUGGCUGCAUCAACGGCGGAAGAGCCUGCUACCCCUGCUAA